UUCCGUUUUAAAAAAACAAAAUUGAAGUGUGUGUGUGUGUGAUUUAAGCAAAUGAAAUAAAACAUAAAUAAAUCUAAAGAAAUAAUAACAAUUUUUUGCUGGAACAACAAAAUGUACCGUUAAAAAGUUUAAAAUUUAUUGAUGUUGCUGGCUGUUCAUGAAAGCUACAACAUCAACAACAUUAUCAACAGCAGCAGCAGCUGUUUGACAUAACCUGCAUUUUUUGCCUUUAAUCAUCACCAACAACAUCAUCAUCAUCGUUAUCCUUGCAGGCUUCUUAAGCGUUUUAACCGAAAAGUCAAAUACUCACACAAACACACAUAAUAUCUUACACUCCUGCUGUGUGUUUUCAAGUGUAUCUGUGUUAGUUUGAGAGUCCUUCUCAAAAUUUAUAAGGUUUUGUGCCACAAAAAUUCCUCCGGAAAGCCAAAAAAACAAUAACUUGAUAUGUAUUUGUUGUUAUUGUUUACAACUCAUCCCUGUUACUUUGUCUUCGUCUGCUAACUCUCCUUUCACCUACACAACAGUCUUUAGUUCAUUGUAAGAAAAGAAAAGCAACAACAACCAAUUUAUUUAUUGGUUGUUUCGUCGGCUUUGGCUUGUUUCCUUCCUUUGUUUUGCCAUGCAAUCGAAUACAAGUCGUGCUACUUUAAGUGCACAAUCAUCGGGUACACCUUCGGCAUCGACUAUAUCCUCAUCAGGAAAGCAACAAGUGGUUGAAUUAUCGGGUUAUGUUAUUAUCUUGGUAGAAAAUGUUGAUGGUAAAAUUAAAUUAUACGGUUCACCACCCGAUCGUGAUAAUUUGGAAGUGGGCGAUGAGAUACUCGAAGUUAAUGGUUUAACAUUGGACAAUAUAUCGCGUACAGAAAUUAUACGGCAUAUACAUGAUUGUAUUAAAUCCUGUACAAUUUGUUUGCGUGUACGCAAGAAAAAUGAUUCCAGACUGGCUUGGGACAUUGGCAAUUCGGUACAGGACGCCUUUGUUAUAGCGGUUGAGGAACAUGCCAGAGAACGUUUGCAGCGUUUAGCGGCCUUAAAUCGUGUAACGCCGGUGGAUAUAACACAGCUAUCGAAAAAGUUACAACAGACGAAAGGUGGUGCACCUUCAACACAAAAACAAGAUUUAAGUUUCCUAAAUGAAGCCUCCCCCAUAUAUGUGACCUCAUUCAAUAGCAAUCAUACGGCCUGUAAUAGUACGACCUUAACAACAGCAUCGACCUCGGCAACAGCUGGUCUAAUAAGUGCAACAACAAUAACACCAACAGCAAUAGCGUCAACAGCGACUAAUGCAAGUUCAGUAAAAUCAACGCAACAGACAACACAACAACAACCACCCAGCAACAACAGCAGCAGCAGUGGUGGAGGCACCAUAACAGCAGCAACAGCUGGUGGUAGUAGUAGUAGUAGUAGUAAACAAACUACAAUAAGCAACAAUACAACAACAGGAACUGGAAUAACAGGCGAUAGAAAUGUCAACAAUAAUUAUCAACAAGUUGCAUUAAGCGGAACAACAGCAACUGCAGCAGUUAGUACUAGCAACAACACCAACAACACCUCAAUAUUGACAAAUCAUAAUAGUAUAUUCCAAGCAACACCCUUAUCAAAAUUACCACCCGGAUUGCAGCAUAAAAAACUAACUAUUGCACGCAGUCUACAGCAUUUGGAAGUUAAGGAAGAGGAUGAUGAUGACGAUGAUUUGGCGGCUUUAGGUGCUAAUUUGUGUAAUAUAAAUUUUAUUAACUAUAAAAAUAAACAUGCUGAAAUACCCACACCCACAGCUGUCACUGUUGUAAAUACGCCCUUUAAUAAUAGCACACACAGCUCCACAGCGCCUUUAUUGGCAGGUAAUAGUUCCACUUUGGGUCGAAGAAAAUCACAAACCAAUACCAUAAGUGCCACAGUGGAUGUACAUCAAACGACCUCAACAACAACAGCAGCACCAGCAACAGCAAAAACAUCAACGUAUCACGAUCAUAUACCACCGCCUUUACAACUACCCCCGCCCAAUAAAAUCUAUGUGGAUGCGCAGACUAUAACCUCGCCCCGUUUGGCCAAGGAUGUGGUAGAUUUAGCUCACACAGCAAAACAAGCCGCUCAACCUAUUGUACAGCAGCCUUUACUGCUCAAUAAUAAUAACAAUAAUAAUAUAAAAUCAUCGCAAACAACUGCAGCAACAGCAACAACAUCAUCACUGGCCACAGCCUCAUCAUUAGCAGCUGCAGCAGCAACCGCAACAGCUUUACUUCAUUCGAAUAAUAAUUGUAAUACAACACAAAAACAAUCAUCGACCUGUAGUAAUUUAUCAAAAUCAGCAAUUGCCUCAACUGCCCAGUUAACACAAGCAACAUUAGCAACAACUAAUACUACUACAUCAUUAAUAACAGCAACAGUCACUACUGCAGCUUCAACAUUAGCAACAACAUCAGUACCAUCAACAUCAUCAUCAUUAGGAACAUCAUCAUAUGUAACAGGCAUUUCGUCUAGAAGCCAACAAAUAUCAGCAACAAAUCUUAUUAGUAGCAAUAAUUGUGAUUUAUAUUUAACAACAAAUAAUCUACAACAAAAACAGCAGAUACAUCAACAGCAGCAGCAGCAGCAACAACCACCGAGAAGAGAGUUACUAACCGACGAUGAUGAUGAAGAAAAUGAUGACGUUUUACAAUUAAAUACAAAUAGUUUAACAAAUAAUUUAACACAAUUAAGUUAUAGUCCAAAUAGUAGCAUAUCAAAAGGCGGCUUUGAAUUAUUAUUAGGCGAUCAAUCGUUAAGACAAGACAUCAGGUGAGUUUUUAAAGAAAUUUAUUAAAUA